AGGAGGAGGAAAACCCGCCUGGUCGGCUCCACACUUCGCCUGGAUGCGUUUGGGUGUGGUGGGGAGGGGUUGAGGGCCUCAUUCACAGACAGAGGCCGUGGCUGGCUUCUAAGCGACCGGGUUGGCCACUUUCACUGAGCUUCUGGGUUUGCUGGGAACCAAGUUGACGCGACUUUUCCAGGAGUAUCUGGAAGACCUGAAUAGAAACUUCAGGGGUCCCAGGACUUGAGGGGCUAAGGGGAACCCCCUGCCCCGCUUGACCUUCCAGGGAACGGCCUGGCUAGGGGUGCGCUUUGACGCAAGGAGCGCAUCGCUCUGGUGGCUUGGCCGGGACCAGAGUUUGGGGAAGGCCUCCUUGCCCACUGCGAAGACUUUGGGGAAGGCGACUGCCAGGGGACAGACAUCUGGGGGAGUGCUGGGGGUCUGAAUGGUAGAAAGAGCUGCACCAGGGGCUGUGCGCCCUGCGCGGGUGUGCGAGCCUCGCCGGGGGCUGUCUCCACCUCUUCUGGCGAGUUGGACCUAUGAGUGAGCAGCUCCGCUUACAACUAUCAACAGCCGGGGAGGCUGAGCGCGUGUGAGAGCCGAGGGGGGCGCAGGACCCUUGCAACUUCUUCUCAGGACCCCAGCCUGGACGCCGGCGCCUGCUGCCGUCCGAGAGCCCAGCGCGCGCGCCUCCCCUUGCGCACCUUGGGCGUGCCCAGCGGGCUGUCCUGCCAGCCCCGCCGGGAUGCUCGCAGCCAUGCUCCCCUACGCUUGCGUCCUGGUGCUUCUCGGAGCCCACACCGCACUGGUGGCUGGGGAGGCUGGGGGCAGCCGCCUGCGCUGGGAACCCCGCUGCCAGCCGCCCUUGCCAGAUAGAGUGCCCAGCACUGCAAUCCUGCCCCCACGCCUCAAUGGACCUUGGAUCUCCACGGGCUGCGAGGUGCGCCCAGGACCGGAGUUCCUGACCCGUGCCUACACCUUCUACCCCAGCCGGCUCUUUCGAGCCCACCAGUUCUACUACGAGGACCCCUUCUGCGGAAAGCCUGCCCACUCGCUGCUCGUCAAGGGCAAAGUCCGCCUGCGCCGGGCCUCCUGGGUCACCCGGGGAGCCACCGAGGCCGACUACUACCUGCACAAGGUGGGCAUCGUCUUCCACAGCCGCCGGGCCCUGCUCGACGUCUCCGGGCGCCUCAACCAGACCCGCGCCGGCCGGGACUGCGCGCGGCGGCUGCCCCCGGCCCGGGCCUGGAUGCCCGGGGCGCUGUACGAGCUGCGGAGCGCCCGGGCCCAGGGGGACUGCCUGGAGGCGCUGGGCCUCAGCAUGCACGAGCUCAGCCUGGUCCGCGUGCAGCGCCGCCUGCAGCCGCAGCCCCGGGCGGCGCCCCGGUUGGUGGAGGAGCUGUACCUGGGGGACAUCCACACCGACCCGGCCGAGAGGCGGCACUACCGGCCCACCGGCUACCAGCGCCCGCUGCAGAGCGCACUGCACCACGUGCGGCCGUGCCCAGCCUGUGGCCUCAUUGCCCGCUCUGAUGUGCACCACCCACCCGUGCUGCCGCCCCCUCUGGCCCUGCCCCUGCGCCUGGGCGGCUGGUGGGUCAGCUCGGGAUGCGAGGUGCGCCCAGCGGUCCUGUUCCUCACCCGGCUCUUCACUUUCCACGGGCACAGCCGCUCCUGGGAGGGGUAUUACCAUCACUUCUCAGACCCAGCCUGCCAGCAGCCCACCUUCACCGUGUAUGCCGCCGGCCGCUACACCAGGGGCACGCCGUCCACCAGGGUCCGCGGCGGCACCGAGCUGGUGUUCGAGGUUACACGGGCCCAUGUAACUCCCAUGGACCAGGUCACCACGGCCAUGCUUAACUUCUCUGAGCCACGCAGCUGUGGGGGUGCAGGGGCCUGGUCCGUGGGCACUGAGCGGGAUGUCACAGCCACCAAUGGCUGCCUGCCGCUGGGCAUCCGGCUCCCACACGUGGAGUAUGAGCUUUUCAAGAUGGAGCAAGACCCCCUCGGGCAAAGCCUGCUCUUCAUCGGACAAAGGCCCACCGAUGGGUCAAGUCCUGAUACCCCAGAGAAACGCCCCACCUCCUACCAAGCACCCUUGGUGCUCUGUCGGGGAGAAGCCCCCGACUUCUCCAGGCCUCCGCAGCACCGGCCAUUGCUGCAGAAGCACCCCAGCACAGGGGGUCUUCGCGUAGCCCCCCUCCCACUUCUGCCCCUAGUUCUAGGGCUGGCUUUCCUCUACUGGCUAUGACAUUGGACUUGACAUCAGGAUGGUGGCUCUGGACACCCAUUCAACUCUUCAGACUCCCUCCUGGAAACUGUAGGGAAGGAACCAUUCUCCUCUGCUCUGUCAUGGAUGGAUGCACAGCCCCACUGCUUCCAAACUCUGCCUGCAUUCCAUGUGGCUUAGGGCAUGAGCUUAACACCUGCAAAGCCUAUACCA